AUGGAUGUCCAGAGCAGGUCGGUGCCGAUCCGGAUGGGAAAGAUGAAGAGCAUCAAGGAUGAGUGGAUGAAGAUAUACACGCCAAUAGUUGAGAUAUGCAAGAUUCAGAUCCGUAUGAAUAUCAAGGCACGAACAAUAGAGAUGAGAACAUGCGAGCAUACCGAAGACCCGUCGUACUUGGAAAGAUCAGUGCAGUACAUUAAAGCGAUCAAUCUGGGGUUUUCAAUCGAAGACUCCAUGGCAAUCCUCAAGUUCAAUGAUGUGUUUCUGGACCAUCUUGAGAUUUCAGAGGUAAAGACGCUCAGAGGUCUUCAUGCAGAAAGAGCGAUUGGAAGGAUCAUAGGGCGAGAGGGAAAGACAAAAGGCGCAAUCGAGGAGUUUAGCAAGGCAAAGGUGCUUGUAAAGGAUCAGAAUGUGCAUCUUCUUGGAGUGGUGGAGGACAUCAGGAUUGCAAAAGAUGCUGUUUGUAGGCUGAUAAUGGGGUCGAAGCCUGGAAGUGUUUUCAACAGGCUGCGAAUCAUCAACUCAAGGCUGAAGGAGAAGUAUGGAGGACUCCAGACAGUAUAUGAGGAUCAUCUUAGGAAAUAA